AGCUGAGUUGUGGUAAUACGUACAGAACAGAAGCGAGAGCUCAUUGCGACCUGGGACCACACACUCUUCACAGCAAGUUUCCAAGGUGUCAAGUAGCCGCCCACUACCUUCCCCUUGGAUAGUACACCCACCUCGGUCCACUCUCCAGCAAGUCCCACGUCAUUUUGCCCUCCUCCCUCGUCGACCGACCGACCGAGGAGCGAGAGCUUUCGGGGGGAUUAAUUCGAGCGAGGAGGAGUGGUGGUGGCGGUUGGGGGGGGGGGGACACUGGAGACAUGUCAGGCAGCGACGAUGACAGGGACGACUUCGCAGCCGCCGAGGAGCACUCGCUACUCCACGACGACAACGAGGCCGAGGACGUCAUGUCCGACGUGGACGACAUGCCUAAGUCGAAGAAGAAGAAGAAGGCUAAGAAGAGCAGCCGGGAGAGCAGAAGCAACAAGAGGCAGAGGGCCGUCAGAGAGGAGUUGCCGCUGAGCUCCCCCGAGCACCUGAUUGGAGCAGGGGCAGGAGAGAGGGACCCAGAUGAGGGAGGCCUGCGCUCGGACAGUGAUGGCAGCGAUUACGCCCCGGGGAGGAAAAAGAAAAAACGCUCCAGCUCGACCAAAGACAAGAAGAAAUCAAGCAUGGCUGCGGAGAAAGGGGGUUCGUCCGGAUCGAAGAGCAAACGCAAAGGUCCAGAGCCGGACGACGAAGAUGACGACGACGACGACGACGACUGUCAGCCGAAAAGCUCCUCCCAGAUGCUGGAGGCCUGGGGCAUGAAAGAUAUCGACCACAUCUUUACUCAGGAAGACUACAACUCUCUCACCAACUACAAGGCCUUCAGCCAGUUUGUCAGGCCCUUGAUUGCAGCCAAGAACCCUAAAAUUGCUGUGUCCAAGAUGAUGACUUUAAUGAUGGCCAAGUGGAGAGAGUUUAGCACAAAUAACCCUCAUAAGGGCUCGGCGACCGCCAGUGCUGCCCUGGCAGCCGCUAACGUGGCUGCAGCGGUGGAGAACAUGGUGGUGGCUGGGACAGACGUAGGGGCCGACGGCGGUCAUGCACCCCCCACUCUAGCCGCUGCCGCCGCUGCUCAGACCGCCCCUGCUGUUCCUGCACCACUGCCUGUGCCACCUCUCCGCAAGGCUAAAACCAAAGAAGGCAAAGGCCCUAAUGCUCGUAAAAAGUCCAAGCCUAAAGUUCCACCAAAGCCCAAACCCAAGAAGGUGGCUCCACUGAAGAUCAAACUGGGAGGCCUGAACAGCAAGAGGAAGCGCUCCUCUAGUGACGAGGAUGAGCCAGACAUGGACAGUGACUUUGAUGAAAGCACCUUUUCCGUGUCAGAGGGCUCCAACCGUAGCAGCCGCAACAAGAAGAAGUCCAAGAGUGCAAAGAAAAAGAAGAAAGUGGAGACGGAGGAUGGUGACGGCUACGAGACGGACCACCAGGACUACUGUGAGGUGUGCCAGCAGGGAGGAGAGAUUAUUUUGUGCGACACCUGUCCCAGAGCUUAUCACAUGGUCUGCUUGGACCCUGACAUGGAGAAGGCACCUGAGGGCAAGUGGAGCUGCCCACACUGUGAGAAAGAGGGCAUCCAAUGGGAGGCCAGGGAAGACCUCUCCGACGCCGAAGUGGAAGACGAGGACGACAGACAGGACGAUGGCGCUGAAGAAGAGGAUGACCACCACAUCGAGUACUGCAGGGUCUGCAAGGACGGAGGGGAGCUGCUUUGCUGCGAUACUUGCCCCUCGUCCUACCACAUCCACUGUCUCAACCCGCCUCUCCCUGAAAUCCCCAACGGCGAGUGGAUCUGCCCCCGCUGCAAGUGUCCACCAAUGAAGGGUAAAGUCCAGAAGGUUUUAACAUGGCGUUGGGGAGAGCUUCCAGCCCCCACGCCCGUUCCUCGGCCUGCUGACGUGCCUGCUGAUGCUCCUGAUCCCCCACCCUUGGUUGGCCGCAGGGAGAGGGAGUUCUUUGUAAAAUGGUGCAAUAUGUCCUACUGGCACUGCUCCUGGGUGUUGGAGCUACAGUUGGAGCUGAACUGCCAGGUGAUGUUCCGCAACUACCAGAGGAAAACAGACAUGGACGAGCCGCCGCCCGUGGACUUCGGUGGCGAGGGCGACGAUGACAAGAGCACCAAGAGGAAGAACAAGGAUCCGCUCUUUGUCCAUAUGGAGGCAGAGUUCUACCGCUACGGAGUCAAGAUGGAGUGGCUGAUGAUACACCGCAUCCUAAACCACAGUGUGGACAGGAAGGGCAACGUACACUACCUGAUCAAGUGGCGAGACCUGGCCUACGACCAAUCUACGUGGGAGAGCGAAGACAUGGACAUUCCAGAGUUUGACCUUUACAAGCAGACCUACUGGAAUCACAGAGAGUUGAUGAUCGGUGAUGAGGGCAGACCUGGUAAGAAGCUAAAGAAGCCUGUCAAAGUUAAGAAGGCGGAGCGUCCACCUGCUAAUCCAGUGGUGGACCCCACUAUCAAGUUUGAUCGUCAACCUGACUACCUGGACAGCACCGGGGGCACUCUUCACCCCUACCAGCUGGAGGGCUUGAACUGGCUCAGGUUUUCUUGGGCACAGGCCACCGACACCAUCCUUGCCGAUGAAAUGGGCUUAGGCAAGACUGUCCAGACCGCUGUCUUCCUCUACUCGCUUUACAAGGAGGGUCACUCUAAAGGUCCCUUCCUGGUUAGUGCACCUUUGUCCACCAUCAUCAACUGGGAGCGAGAGUUUGAGAUGUGGGCCCCAGACAUGUACGUGGUCACAUAUGUCGGUGACAAGGACAGUAGGGCUGUCAUCCGAGAGAACGAGUUCUCCUUCGAAGGGAAUGCCAUCCGAGGUGGGAAAAAGGCAUCCAAGAUGAAGAAAGACUCAACAGUCAAGUUCCAUGUCCUGCUGACAUCCUAUGAGCUGAUUACCAUUGACCAGGCUGUGCUGGGCUCCAUUGAAUGGGCCUGUCUGGUUGUGGACGAGGCGCACAGGUUGAAGAACAACCAGUCCAAGUUCUUCAGAGUGUUAAACAAUUACCCACUGCAACACAAGCUGCUGCUGACCGGCACGCCUCUUCAGAACAACCUGGAGGAGCUCUUCCACUUGCUAAACUUCCUCACUCCAGAAAGAUUCAACAACUUGGAAGGGUUCUUGGAGGAGUUUGCCGACAUUGCCAAAGAGGACCAGAUCAAGAAACUUCACGAUAUGCUCGGACCACACAUGCUCAGGAGGCUGAAGGCUGAUGUCUUCAAACACAUGCCAUCCAAGACUGAACUCAUUGUCAGAGUGGAGCUUAGUCCCAUGCAGAAAAAAUACUACAAAUUCAUUUUAACACGGAAUUUCGAGGCUUUGAACACCCGCGGAGGAGGAAAUCAAGUCUCUCUUCUCAAUGUGGUGAUGGAUCUGAAAAAGUGCUGCAAUCAUCCGUACCUCUUUCCUGCUGCUGCUACAGAGGCUCCAAAACUUCCGAACGGAAUGUACGAGGGCUUGGCUCUGACCAAGGCAUCUGGCAAGCUGAUGCUCUUGCACAAAAUGAUGAAGAAGCUGAAGGAAGGAGGUCAUAGAGUCCUGGUUUUCUCUCAGAUGACCAAAAUGCUCGACCUCCUGGAGGACUUCCUGGAAAACGAGGGCUACAAAUACGAGAGAAUCGACGGUGGGGUCACCGGCAACAUGCGGCAGGAGGCCAUUGACCGCUUUAAUGCUCCUGGUGCUCCCCAGUUUGCUUUCCUCCUCUCCACUCGAGCAGGAGGGUUGGGUAUCAAUCUUGCGUCUGCGGACACCGUUAUCAUAUAUGACUCUGACUGGAACCCACACAAUGACAUCCAGGCGUUCAGCAGAGCUCAUCGUAUUGGCCAGAAUAGGAAGGUGAUGAUCUAUCGCUUUGUGACCAAAGCAUCUGUGGAGGAGAGGAUCACACAGGUUGCAAAGAAAAAGAUGAUGCUCACUCAUUUGGUUGUGCGACCCGGCCUCGGCUCCAAGACCGGUUCCAUGUCCAAGCAGGAGCUCGAUGAUAUCCUCAAAUUCGGAACUGAGGAGUUGUUUAAGGAUGAGGUUGGAGAAGGGGACAACAAGGAGGACGACAGCAGUGUGAUCCACUACGAUGACCAAGCCAUCGAUCGUUUGCUGGACCGGAACCAGGACGCCACCGACGACACUGAGAUUCAGAGCAUGAACGAAUAUCUCAGCUCCUUCAAAGUUGCCCAGUACGUGGUGAAAGAUGAGGAUGAUGAGGAGGAGGAAGUAGAGCGGGAGGUGAUCAAGCAGGAGGAAAGCGUGGACCCAGACUACUGGGAGAAGCUGCUUCGUCAUCACUAUGAGCAGCAGCAAGAGGAUCUAGCCCGCAAUCUGGGCAAAGGCAAAAGAACUCGAAAGCCGGUUAACUACAAUGACGGUUCCCAGGAGGACCGAGGUAUAAGACAGGACUGGCAAGAGGAUCAAUCCGACAACCAGUCUGAUUACUCGGUGGCGUCAGAGGAGGGCGACGAGGACUUUGAUGAACGUGCUGAAGCCAAUGCCCGCAGGCCAAGCCGCAAAGGGUUAAGGAACGACAGGGACAAGCCUCUUCCUCCACUUCUGGCCCGAGUGGGGGGGAACAUCGAGGUUCUGGGCUUCAAUGCACGGCAGCGGAAGGCUUUCCUAAAUGCAGUGAUGCGUUACGGGAUGCCUCCCCAGGAUGCAUUCACCAACCAGUGGCUUGUCCGAGACCUUCGAGGGAAGUCUGAGAAGGAAUUCAAGGCUUACGUGUCUCUGUUCAUGAGGCAUUUGUGUGAGCCGGGAGCUGAUGGAGCAGAGACCUUUGCAGAUGGCGUCCCACGAGAGGGUCUGUCCAGGCAACACGUGCUCACUCGUAUUGGUGUCAUGUCCCUCAUUAGGAAAAAGGUGCAGGAGUUUGAGCAUGUGAAUGGUCAGUGGUCCAUGCCCUGGAUGGCAGAACUGGAGGAAAACAAAAGGGCGGCGGCUUUGGCUGCAGGUGAAGAUCCAAAGACCCCUUCAAGCGGGACACCUGCGGAUACACAACCAAACACUCCUGUGCCAGAGGAUCUGUCAAGAUCAGAGGACAAAGAGGACAUUAAGAAGGAUGUAGAGGACACCAAAGCAGCUAGAAAGACAGAAGAUCCAGAGAUUAUUGAAAUCCCGGAUGACCCUGACAAGUCGCCGGCGUCUGAAAACAAAGAAGAUGAUCCUGCUGGAAAAGAGGACAAAGAGAAGGAGACGCGAGGUGGCGACGAAGGGAAUGAGCCCGACGAGCUCAGCAAGGACCGAGAAGACAAGGGCGAGAAGGGCGUUCCUGCUAAUAUUAAAGGUGAAGGAACGGAGGGCAAAGCAGAUAAGGAGGACCGGUCUAAAGUUGAAGAGGCUAAGGAUGAGAAGAUGGACACGGAGAAAGAUCAACAAGAGGAAAAAGAUGGCAUGAAAUCAGAGGAAUCUAGCAGACUUCAGAAUGGAGAGAACACCAGAGAAGGAGCUCUGUCCAUGUUGAAUGUGAGUGAAGAGAAGAGGAAAGCCAGCAAGCAGAGGUUCAUGUUCAACAUAGCAGACGGAGGGUUCACAGAGCUUCACUCCCUAUGGCAGAAUGAGGAGAGGGCAGCCACUGUCACCAAGAAGACCUUUGAGAUUUGGCAUCGUCGCCAUGACUACUGGCUCCUAGCUGGCAUCAUACAACAUGGCUAUGCUCGAUGGCAGGACGUGCAGAACGACGUAAGGUUCGCCAUCCUCAACGAGCCCUUCAAGGGGGAAAUGAGUAGGGGCAAUUUCCUUGAGAUAAAGAACAAGUUCCUGGCACGCAGGUUCAAGUUACUGGAGCAGGCAUUGGUAAUCGAGGAGCAGCUACGCCGGGCGGCCUACCUCAACAUGACUGAGGACCCGGCGCACCCUUCCAUGGCGCUCAACACGCGCUUCAGCGAGGUGGAGUGUCUGGCUGAGUCCCACCAGCACCUCAGCAAGGAGUCAAUGUCGGGAAACAAGCCGGCCAAUGCAGUGCUGCAUAAAGUCCUGAAACAGUUGGAGGAGCUCCUGAGCGACAUGAAGGCAGACGUCACUCGCCUCCCGGCGACCAUUGCUAGGAUACCGCCCGUGGCCGUGCGGCUGCAAAUGUCCGAGAGGAACAUCCUCAGCAGGCUGGCCAGCCGCGGGCCCGAGUUUAGCGGAUGCCCCUCCCAAACCUCCCCUUUCAACUACCUUGUACAGCACAGACAGGUUAGUCCUCAGUCCACAUACACACACGCCACUUGCCUCUGAACCCAAAGGAACAUCAGCUGUGUUACGGGACACCCAAAUGUCAAGACUGGAAGUAACCAUAGAAGAAAGAUCUCCUCAAACAUGGCCUGACUAUCCAGAGUCAUGUGCAUUUAUGUACACUAUACACGAAAAAGGAAAUGCCGGAUCUUUGUUGCAAUGUUUGGACUGCUGGAGGCUGAUGGAGAACUGAACUGAUUUUGUGGCUCAUUUUCACAUGUAGGAAAUUGUGACAUUUGAAGCAAUUUGUUAUUUCUUUAAAAGUUGUAAUGUUCUCACCUUAACGUGCUUGUCUGUCUCUGAUAUGUACAGGUGCAUCUCACAAAAUAUUGUGGAGAACUUAAUUUAAUUCAGUAGUUCAAAUCAAAAAGGGAAACUUAAGUUGCAUUAUAUAGUUCACUGCGGGAGAGGGAAAUAUCUCAUGAUUUUUAGUUUUUGAUAAUUUUGAAGAUUAUCGCUUACAGCUAUCGAAAACCCACAAUACACCAUCUCAACAAAUCUGAGUAUUACAUAAAAAGAGAUUUUUAAAAGAAAAUAGGAAGGAAUUGGCCUUUUUGAAAAAUAUUUUCUUGUUUAAUAAGUCUACAUGAUAGGUACUAUAUAUGAGUUUGACUUUUUGAAUUGAACUACUGAAAAAACUUUUCUACGAUAUAAUAUGUUGACAUACAUUGAUAUAUGUACAGUACUGUGCAAAAGUUUUAGGUUACCAUUAGCUUUGCUGUUUCAUUAAAAUAUCAAAUUCACAUUAAAACAGUAACUAGUAGAACAAAUAUCAAACAUUAUGGGUUCCAUUGCAUUUAGGUUUAAGAGUCAUGCUAUAGCUCAAAUGUAUUCCUACAUUUUUGCUGCUCUAAAAAACGAAAUAAUUUGUUCAUGAAUUGGGAGCACCAAGUGGUUAGCGCGUCUGCCUCACAGUUCUUGGGUUCAUAUCUCAGCAUGUUCUAACUGUGCUUUCGUGGGUUUUCUCCGGGUACUCCGGCUUCCUUCGACAUUCCAAAACCAGGCAUGUCAACUUUAUUUAGGAAUCUAAAUUGUCCAUAGGUGGAAAUGUGGGUCUGAAUCCUUGUUUAUCUAUGCUGUAUGUGCCCUCCGAUUGGCUGGCGACCAGUCCAGGAUGUACCCCGCCUGACAGAUCAUGAAGUAACAAAUGGUCGCCUAACACUUUUGUACUGUACAUAUAUAUACUGUAUGCAUAUGGCCAUAUUUGGUGCUCCAUUGCGGGAUGUGCCGACGUCACAGUGAGUGAGACUGUUACCGUCAAACUUGUUGUUACCUCCAUCCCAAAAUAACCGCCCCGUGACAUCACUUUAACUGGCCUGGUGAUCAGCCCAUGCACCAAACAUACACCCUGACAUUCCUUAAGUCCCCACAAGCUCCUGUAUUUUGCUCAAAAUAAAGUACGAGGGAGAAGGAGGGGUACGGUUUUUGGGACAUGUCGGCAAUCUUUAAAUUAAAUUAAUUUCUGUACAUGUAUCAUUAUUGUUAAGGUUACUACGUUGUUUUUAUCACAUUUGUUUUUAAAUGGACCACAAUAAAAGGUCAACUGUU